CCACCCGAACACAUAGACAGUCCCACAGUCGUGUUUUCAUCUGCCAAACACAUCUUUCGCCCUUCCAACAGUCAGUGAUGUGCAUUUCAUUUUGCUCACAAAGCUUAGCAUUCAAGUAAUUCGUUUUUUCGAGAUCAACAACUUUUGCAAUAUUCUCUUUUGGUGGUGAUUCAGUGGAAACGACUAUUAUUUACGCCGAGUUCUUGACGAUGUUUAGCGAGAUCCGUUGCUAACUGGGGCAACAGGUGUCCCUUCAAAUUUUUUUGUUAUUGUCAUCAACUUGGUCAGUGCUUAUUAUUUUCGUGGCUUUCAAACUUUGAAAUCCAACUAGCCUCAUAAUGGGGCUUCUUCCUUUGGAGUUCACUGAGUGCCUAACAGACAGCCCGUACUUCAGAGAAAAUCUCCAAGGCCACGAAAAAGAGUUGGAGAAAACCAGUCUUGCUAUUAAAGUGCUAAUUAAGGAAGUAAAAGACCUCGUCAAUGCUGCCAGAGCCUUGUCUCGGGCGCAGCGCAGUCUCGCCACAAGUCUGAUGAGCUUCCAGUUCGAGUGUAUUGGCAACAGCCAAACGGAUGAUGAGAUCGUCAUUGCCGGGUCGCUCAAAGAAUUCGGUCGACUCAUCAACGCCAUUGAAGAUGAACGGGAUCGGAUGUUGGAGCGAGCUAAGGAUCAAUUUAUCGGACCACUGGAGAACUUUCGGAAAGAACACAUCGGCGGCGCCAAGGAGGAAAAGAAGAAAUUUGAGAAGCAGACGGCCAAGUUCGUUCAGAGUCAAGAGCGCCACUUGAACCUAUCGACUAAGAAACAGGAUUCCGUCUUACAGGAGGCGGAUGCGAUUUUGGAGAUGGAGCAGCGCCACUUUUGCCAGGCCAGCCUCGAGUACGUCUACCGUUUGCAAGAAGUUCACGAACGAAAAAAGUUUGAGUUCGUCGAAACGUUGCUAGGCUUCAUGUAUGGCUGGCUAACUUUCUAUCAUCAGGGAUACGAAGUGUCGAAGGAAUUCCGACCUUAUAUGACUGACUUGCAAGUGCGCCUUCAAAAGACCCGGGAGAACUUCAACACAACACGAGAGGAGGCAGAAUCGUUGAUGCGCAAGAUGCUGGAGGUGCGUAAGACGAAGCCGUGCGACCCAGGCAGUUUGAACAAAAUGUACACACGACAAGGCUAUCUCUACGUCAUGGAGAAAAAGGCAUUUGGGACCACUUGGUCGAAACAUUAUUGCCAGUACACUAAGGAAAACCGCAUUUUCACCAUGAUACCGUACACACAAACGAUUGGAAAGAUUACCACAACGGAUACGAUGGAGAUUAAGUCUUGCACACGCCGCAUGUCAGAAUCCAUUGAAAAGAGAUUCUGCUUCGACAUUACUCCAAAAGAUCGUCUAGUGAUGGUGAUUACACUGCAGGCGCUAUCAGAGGAUGAUCGUCGGUUGUGGCUUGAUGCGAUGGAUGGAAAAGAGCCGGUAACACACCAACCCACAGCCAGAAACCCGUUUCCUACCACUUAUGCUCAACCUGGGAAAUCGUCCAAACACGAAGAAACCACACUGGAUGAAGUGGGUUUCCUAUUCAUUCGCACUUGCAUCAAAGAAAUUGAAAAUCGAGGUUUGGAAGAUCAAGGGCUGUAUCGACUGGUCGGCGUUUCGUCCAAAGUCAGCAAGUUACUAUCGAUGGGGCUUGACCGACGAAAAGUAGAAAAACUCAAUUUGGAAGAUCGAUUAGAAUGGGAAAACAAGACUAUCACUAGCGCCAUUAAAACUUACUUGCGUCAGUUACCCGAGCCGCUCAUGUCAUUCCGUUAUCAUACUGCCUUUAUUGCGGCUGCAAAACAGGAAUCACGUCUUCAUCGAACAGCAGAUGUGCAUGCCUUAGUUCAUCGGCUGCCUGAAAAUCACUUUAAGAUGCUGGACAUCAUGAUUACUCAUCUCAAAAAUGUCGCUGCAAAAUCAGACAAGAAUUUGAUGACCGUUUCCAAUCUUGGCGUGUGUUUUGGACCAACACUGCUCCGUCCGGAAGAAGAGACAAUGGCAGCAAUUAUGGAUAUAAAGUUUUGCAACGUCGUGGUUGAGAUUAUGAUUGAAAAUUCUGAAAAGAUUUUCAAGACGAAACCGGAUCCGUCAGAAUUACCAAUAAAAAAUCCAGCAACUGUCAAUAUGCGUCCACCGUCACCACCGGCGUAUCAGCCUCCACCCCAGGUUUACACGGGUGGUGGUGGAGGGCCAACUCCCCCGUCCUUGAUUCAUCGUCAACCUGUUGCCAGCUACAGUCUAAUUCCCCCUAUUGCUCAAGCUCAUCUCAGUCCACCGCCUUCAUCUCCUUAUGUUGACGGUCCUUCUCGUCAAAUGGCCUCAGUAGGUAACACAGGAGUUCGCAAUCCGUCACAACCUCAGCAACGUGUAGCGUAUCCAUCAAGUCCCACCACGGCUGAAUUAUGGUCUGGUAACAAAUUGCCGCUUUCGGUUCAAGCGCAAUCGCAGCAUGGAGCUGCAACAUCAUCAAGGUCAAAUUUACGGCCGGGAUCGGCUGGAGCAUUAUCUAGUGGGCCUACUGGUCGUCCAUUAGGAGUCAUUCCUCCUUUGAGUUCCGCCACUUCAGCCCCAGAGCGACCUCACAGCAACACCAGUCUUAGUUCAAGUGACUCGGCGCCUGGUUCAACCGUAUCUUCGUCCCGCUCCUCAUCCAGAGAUCCAUUGCCUCCCCUCUCUUCUUUCCCCUCAAUAGGGCCGAUACCUCCAUCAGUAUUAGCUAAUCCCUCAACAGUUUCGUUUAACGGUCAGCCUCCAGCAUCUAAGCCACCAUAUGGUUUAAAUUCUACCCAAUUGCAGCUGGUGCCGGCAUCUGUUGCAAGUAUUGAUGCAUCAGAUACUACUAAAACCAAUGCCAACCAAUCAAGUAGAAGAGUUCGGACUUUGUACGCUUGCGUUGGAGAAAAUGAAACGGAAUUAACUUUUGAGCCCAAUCAAAUCAUCGUCAAUGUACGACCAUCUAGAGAGCCCGGUUGGCUGGAGGGAGUGUUGAAUGGGCGUACAGGUCUUAUUCCAGAAAAUUACGUGGAGUUAUUGCCGUAAAUAGGAUAGCUUCAAUUCAGAGUAAUCUUAUUCUUUUGUUGUAAAAAUUUAUCCGUCGUCCUUUAUCUCCCGACGAGAUCAUCAGUAGAGUUGUUCGUAUUCCAUCUGUUUUGUCUCGUAUUCUAACAACUUUUCAUUCCAAGCGACGACGCACUUAUCCCUAUCUCCGUCAACUGAUUACUUGUAUUCUACUGUAUUUGUUCUUUUGCUCUGCAAAAUUUCAUUGUUCUUCGUGAUACCUUACAUUUUCCGUUGUUGUUUUACAACACUUGAGCGUUUGUUGACCAAAGAUGGGACAUGUCUGAAGUUUCCCUUAUGUUAUCUCACCUGCGCCAGUCUGUAUGCUUGCUGCAGUGCUUGUUCUGUUAACUCUGCAGGAAAGAUCAAAACUCGGGUGUAUCAGUACUGGAGCCGUGUGAAGAGGACUAUUUUAAGGACAAUUAUGUACAGGCUUGUUAAAUAGCAAUAAACGCGCCCUUAAUGAAUAAA